GAGCCGGUUUGGUAACAUUUGCUGAACCGAGAUUCGAGACUGCUAAUCUAGUAAUCUCCGGUAGUAAGCUCAAACGCUACUAAUGGAAACCCUGCAAAGUUGGAUUAAAUGCAUAAAACUGGUCUAAAUGAAUCCAAAACACAAGCUUAAACAAGCUGUAGAUUCUCUAUACCGACACAGUAAUGUCAACCCUGAAGCAUACACUCGUAUUGUUCUUGAUUGUGUUCGACUCAAUGACGCCCAUCAAGCCAAACGCUUACAAUCCCACAUGGACGACAAUCUGUACGAACCCACAACCACAUUUAUCCACAAUCGUCUCCUUGAUGUGUAUGCAAAUUCCGGGAAACUUUUGGAUGCACGUAACCUGUUCGAUAAAAUGCCACAAAGAGAUACAUUCACUUACAACGCAAUGUUAAAAGCUUAUUCGAAGAUGGGGUCUGCGGAUGACUUGCAGGGGUUGUUCAGAAGCAUCCCAUGUCGAGAUUCUGUUUCGUAUAACACGGUGAUUGCUGGUUUCGCGACAAAAGGUCGUGUGAAUGAGGCUUUGGAGGUGUUUGUUGAAAUGCAGAAGGAAGGAGUUGAGGUUACUGGGUAUAGUUAUGUGAGUGUAUUGAAUGCGUGUUCGCGGGUGUUGGAUUUGCGCCGUGGGAAGCAGGUUCAUGGAAAGAUUGUGGCUUGUGGUUUGGUGUUUAAUGGUUUUGUUUGCAAUGCUUUGACGGACUUGUAUGCUAAAUGUGGUGAGAUUGAUGCUGCGCGUUGGUUGUUUGAUCGGAUGCGUAACCAGAAUGUGGUUUCUUGGAAUUUAAUGAUUUCGGGUUAUAUGAAAAACGGGUUGCCAGAAAAGUCUAUAGAAUUGUUUUCUGAAAUGAAGUUGUCUGGUGUUAAACCGGAUGUGGUUACGAAUUCGAACGUUCUUGGUGCGUUUUUUCAAACGAGGCGAAUCCACGAGGCGCAAAAGCUUUUUGCAAAGAUUGAGAAAAAGGACACGAUUUCAUGGACAACAAUGAUUGUGGGUCAUGUCCAAAACGGAAAAGAAGAGGAUGCGUUAGUGUUGUUUAAUGAUAUGUUAACGGCGAGCGUUAAGCCAGACAAGUUUACAAUUUCGAGCGUGGUUAGUUCGUGCGCGCGAUUAGCUUCUUUGUUUUAUGGUCAAACAAUUCAUGGUAAAUCAGUCCACAUGGGAGUUGACAACGACACACUUGUGUCGAGUGCCCUUGUUGAUAUGUAUUCUAAAUGUGGUGAACCGACUGAAGCCCGGAAGAUUUUCGACACGAUACAUUCCAAAUCAACGGUUUCAUGGAAUUCCAUGAUUUUAGGGUAUGCGCAAAACGGAAAGGAUUUAGAGGCACUAACACUUUACGAAGAAAUGUUGAAUAAUGGUAUAAAGCCAGAUAGCAUUACCUUUGUUGGCGUUCUUUCUGCUUGUAUACAUGAAGGACUUACCGAAAGGGGAGAACAAUAUUUCCAUUCACUGACAAAACAACAUGGGAUCAUACCGACUUCAGAUCAUUACGCGUGUUUGAUCAAUCUUCUUGGUCGUUCAGGUUGUGUGGACAAAGCCGUUGAAACAAUAAAGGGUAUGCCUUACAAACCGGAUAGUCUCAUUUGGUCAACACUUUUGUCGGUUUGUAAACUUAACGGUGACAUUGAACAUGGAGAAAUGGCAGCAAAAGAACUCUUUGAGUUGGAACCGUAUAACGCUGAACCUUAUAUCACUCUUUCCAAUAUGUACGCUGCUAAUGGAAGAUGGAAAGAUGUGGCAGCCAUGAGAUCUAUUAUGAACAGUAACAAGAUUAAAAAGUUUGCGGCGUUUAGUUGGGUGGAAAUUGAUGGAAAAGUGCAUAAAUUUGUAUCGGAAGAUCGAGCUCAUCUGGAGUCAGAAGCCAUAUAUCGCGAAUUAAACCGGAUUAUAAGAAAGUUACUAAAAGCUGGAUUUACUCCAAAUAAGAACCUGGUAUUGCAUGAUGUCGGUGAUGAUGAAAAGCGUGAAUCGAUAUGUUAUCAUAGUGAGAAAUUAGCUCUUGCAUACGGGUUGAUGAAGAAACCUGAUGGAAGGCAACCUGUUAGGAUUUUAAAGAAUAUCAGAGUUUGUGGUGAUUGUCAUUUGUUUAUGAAGUUUGUUUCAAGAAUCAUUGGCCGCGCCAUCAUAUUGAGAGAUUCGAAUCGGUUUCAUCACUUUGUAGGAGGGUCUUGUUCAUGCAAGGACCUUUGGUGAUCCUCUGAGUGUUGAUCCUUUUAUCAAAUCUUGUUUCUUUUCAUGCAACAGUUGUUAAUGGUGUGCUUUUGGUUGAUCAAAGAGUAUGUCAUAGCUACAAAAUAUUCAUUAACAUAGCGUUAUACUUGUUAUUGUUUAGAUAAUCAUUUUUAGCA